CUUCCGGGAUCGCUCGGCAAGUCGGCGUGGUUGUCGUACUCCAGCCGGUCUUUACCACCGGAGUACGGUGGCCGUGUUCGCUCUUGGCCUCACGACCCUCGUUUUCCCGGUCUCAUGGCCGGCCUGACCUUGUUUGUGAGUCGCCUUCCGCCUUCAGUCCGCAGCGAGCAGCUGGAAGAGCUGUUCAGUCAGGUGGGCCCGGUGAAGCAGUGCUUCGUGGUGACUGAGAAAGGGAGUAAAGUAUGUCGAGGCUUUGGCUAUGUCACUUUUUCCAUGCCAGAAGAUGUUCAGAGGGCCCUCAAGGAGAUUACUACAUUUGAAGGUUGCAAGAUCAAUGUGACUGUUGCCAAGAAAAAACUGAGGAAUAAGUCCAAGGAAAAGAAGAAAAAUGAAAGUUCGGAGUCCCCAAAGAAGGAACUGAAGCCUAAGAAAGCCAAAGUGGCAGAUAAGAAAGCCAGAUUAAUUAUUCGGAACCUGAGUUUUAAGUGUUCAGAAGAUGACUUGAAAACAAUAUUUGCUCAAUUUGGAGCUGUUCUGGAAGUAAAUAUCCCAAGGAAGCCAGAUGGAAAGAUGCGUGGUUUUGCUUUUGUUCAGUUCAAAAACCUCCUAGAAGCAGGAAAAGCUCUCAAAGGAAUGAACAUGAAAGAGAUAAAAGGGCGGACAGUGGCAGUGGACUGGGCUGUGGCAAAAGAUAAAUAUAAAGAUACAAAGACUGUUUCUGCCCCAGAUGAGGAGAAGAGUCAUAAACCUAAAUGUCAGGAAUCAACUAAAACGAAUAGCAAGGUAGAAGAGGAAGAAGAAGAAGAUGAUGAUCAUGAUGAUGAUGACGACAAUGACGAUGAUGACGACGAUGAUGAUGACAAUGACGAUGAUGAUGAUGAUGAUGAUGAUGAUGAAGAAGAAGAGGAGGAGGAGGAGAAUAAAGAAUCAAAAAUGACCAAUCAUGUGCAAAUUCAGAAGAGAGCAGUCAAGAGAGCAGCUUCCGAAGAAAGUAGUGAGGAAGACCACUCUGAUGAGGACAGUGACCUGGAGGAAAGAGAUAGCAUUGAUGUUCGAGAGGGAUUGGCACAGAGUGAUAGCAGUGCUGAAGAAAAAGAGGAUGAAGAUAUACACGUCUCAAAGAAAAAGAAGAGAAAAUUACCCUCUGAUGUGAGUGAAGGCAAAACUGUUUUUAUCAGAAACCUGUCCUUUGACUCAGAGGAAGAAGAACUUGGAGAGCUCCUCCAGCAAUUUGGAGAUCUUAAAUAUGUCCGCAUUGUCUUGCAUCCAGACACAGAACAUUCUAAAGGUUGUGCAUUUGCCCAGUUCAUGACUCAGGAAGCAGCUCAGAAAUGCCUUGCAGCUGCUUCUCCAGAGACUGAGGGUGGUGGCCUUAAGCUGGGUGGCCGGCAGCUCAAGGUUGACUUGGCUGUGACCCGUGAUGAGGCUGCAAAGCUUCAGACAAAGAAGGUGAAGAAGCCAACUGGAACCCGGAACCUCUACUUGGCCCGAGAAGGCUUGAUCCGUGCUGGGACGAAGGCAGCCGAGGGUGUGAGUGCUGCUGAUAUGGCCAAACGAGAACGGUUUGAACUACUGAAACAUCAGAAACUCAAGGACCAGAAUAUCUUUGUUUCCCGGACCAGGCUUUGCCUGCACAAUCUCCCAAAGGCUGUGGAUGACAAAUGGCUCAGGAAACUGCUGCUGAAUGCCACUAGAGGAGAGAAGGGGGUGCGCAUCAAGGAGUGUAGAGUGAUGCGAGACCUUAAAGGAGUUCAUGGAAAAACAAAGGUCCAGUCCCUGGGCUAUGCCUUUGCAGAGUUCCAGGAGCACGAGCAUGCUCUGAGAGCCCUCCGCCACAUCAACAACAAUCCAGAAAUCUUUGGGACUCAAAAGAGACCAAUAGUGGAGUUCUCUUUGGAAGAUCGAAGGAAACUUAAAAUAAAGGAACUAAGGAUCCAGCGCAGUCUGCAAAAAAUGAGUUUGAAGCCUGCAACCAAUAAGCCCCAAAAGGAGCCAAAAGAGCCUGGAAAAGACAAGCAACAGAAGGCAGCCCAGACUCACACACAGGAACAAAGCAAGAAACCCCCAGCCCAGAAGGGAAAGUCAGGCUCUACCUCAUGGACAGGGUUCCAGACCAAGGCUGAAGUGGAGCAGGUGGAGCUGCCUGAUGGAAAGAAGAGAAGAAAGGUCCUGGUGCUUCCCUCACACCGAGGCCCCAAAAUUAGGUUGCGGGACAAAGGUAAAGUGAAGUCCCUCCGUCCCAAGAAGCCAAAGACUCAGAAAAACCAGUGGAAGCAAGAGAAAAAGCAGUUAUCUUCCAAGCAGGUACCUAGGAAAAAAGCUAAGGAAAAUAAGACAGAAGUCCACUUCAACCAGUUGGUCGAACAGUAUAAGCGGAAAUUAUUGGGACCUUCUACAGGAGCACCUCUUGCAAAGAGGAGCAAAUGGUUUGACAGUUGAUGCUGCUAGCAGACUGGGUAAGAAGUCAGGCAUGUACUUUCUGGUAAAGCUCUUAACCCAUGUCUUUCACUGAGGGAAAGAAGAUCCCUGAGAGCACCCACUCUGUUAGGAGGCUCCCUGGACUGUGCACAUCUGAACUUUGGUUCAUCCUCCAGUAUGUGGCUAGUUAGCCACAAAGAAAUAUCUGAAAAACAUCAUGAUGGUUCUUGCAAUAUUAGCCAGAUUAUUGUGUGAAGUUGUGUCUAUUAUUGUCCAUUUUUAUUCUGUUUCUCAAAUGGAAUUAAUUGUAAAAAAGCAUUCUGGAGCACUGAGUUUUUAAAAUGUAUAAUUUGUUAACAUCCUCUAAAUGAAAUAUUGUGAUUCUUUCAAAAACAGACUAUGUCUCAUUUCUAAUAUUAAAUCCUUUAUUAUUUAUUAACAUUUUGACAUUCCUAACUAGUUCAGCUCUAUAGAACUGUAUGCUGUAGGAGUUGACUAAGUAAAAGCAGAAAAAAAUAAAAUUGUUGAUAUAAUCAA